GUUUCAUCGGGAUCUAGCUUAGAAGUCUUUAGAAAGAGUAUUAUUCGAGUGACAACAAAUAACCCAGUUCUCUUUCACUUCUCUCUCUGUCUCUCUCCAUGGACUACCACCUGAAGCAAUGGAAACCCCAGCAUCAGUCAGAUCAGCCUCCUUCUGUAAAGACAUCGAAACUCUUUGAAACCCAUCAUCAAGAACCAUCUGGGUCUGUUCUUCCGUUGUUUGUACCUGAGACCAACAACAGCAGGAUCAGCAACUUGUCAGUUUUUCCUGAUUCAGCUACAACAGCCAGAGUUCCAAGAAUGGGGAGUUUUUUCAACUUGGAUCAGUGGCGUGAGCUUGAACUUCAAGCUUUGAUCUUCAAGUAUAUGCUUGCCGGUGCUGCUGUUCCUCCUGAACUUCUUUAUCCCAUCAAGAAAAGCCUUCUCGGUAGUUCUGCUUGUUAUACUCAUCAACCUUAUCAUCAACCAGCUAUGAUGCAAUCUGGAUACUGGGGGAGAAGUGCGGUAGACCCAGAGCCCGGAAGAUGCAGGAGAACAGAUGGGAAGAAGUGGAGGUGCUCGAGGGAUGUGGUGGCUGGCCACAAGUACUGCGAGCGCCACCUGAACAGAGGCCGAAACCGUUCAAGAAAGCCUGUGGAAAUCCCCACUCCCACCACUACAGGUAUUGCUGGUAGUGGCCUGAAUCCCACCCAUAUUGGGUCGUCCUCCUUAGCAGCGGUGGCUGCUAAUGGAUCCCCUUUUGCCCGUUGUAGCUCAUCACCUUCCAUUGAUCUUCUUCAUCUCAAUCACAGAUCCUUCGAUGGUAAAGCCGGAAAUGGUAGAGAGCUUGGGCUUGAGAGCAGUGGUGGUUCAGGGGGAGAGGGAAGACCAGUGGGUCGAGGGGUACUCCGUCACUUCAUAGAUGACUGGCCAAGAGUGCAUCAUCACCAUCAUCAUCAUGGAGAACCCAAUACAACCACUUGCUUAUCCAUAUCUGUUUCUGGGAAUGAGAAUUCUUCACCUUUAUCUGAUUUCUCUUUGAAGCUAUCGACAGGGAAUGGAGAUGAUGAUGAGGCAGAAGCAGGUUCUCAUGUUGGAUUUGCAGGAGAACGGCAACAACAACAUCAACAGCAAUUAAUGAAUAAUUACAACAAUUGGUCAUCAAUGGGAUGGGGGAGUCACCCCGUGGCUUCAAUGGGUGGUGGUCCGCUUGCUGAGGCGCUUCGAUCAUCGACUUCCAAUUCUUCCCCUACUAGUGUUCUGCUUGAGCUGCCUCGUGGUGCUGCUUCCGAGGCCAGUAGCGUUAGUACCUGAAAUUUCAAGACUCUCAAGACAGAUU